AUGUCCGUCAACUCUCCUUCCCCCGCCCAAUCCUCCUCGCCGCUCGGUCGGAAUCGCAGCUCCCUGCUGUCCAAGUUUUGUUCGCCUUUUUCCCAAAGGAAUCGCAGCGUCGCCGAUUACUACAUCGAACCCGACGACCCGUGGCGCGCCUAUUUCCCGGGGGAUGUAAUCAAGGGGACCGUCGUGCUCACCGUGGUUCGCCCCGUUCGCAUCACGCAUCUAGUGGUCUGUCUACAUGGUUUUGUCAAGGUUUUUAAGAAUACUGUUCCCUCAGGGGAGACGUCUCCGGAUGCGGGAUUCCUGGGGCCUGGGCGCGGGCGUCGAGGCGCUGAAUAUUUGGGCAACGGGUUGGCCACCUUGUUUGAGGAUGAGGUCGUCCUGUGCGGUGAGGGUCGUCUUAAGGAGGGCGUUUACAAGUUUCGCUUCGAGAUGUCCUUCCCACCAUACCCUCUGCCGAGUAGUAUUAGCUUUGAGCGAGGCACCAUUACCUAUAUGCUUACGUCCACCCUAACCAAACCGACCACUAUGAACCCCACCCUUUCGUGCCGCCGACGUGUGAAUUUAUUGGAAAACAUCGACAUUGCGCCCUUCCCUGCUCCCCGAGCGCGAGUGGUCACCCUAGAACCCGUCUCGCGACGUUCCAAGUCCAAAGCCAAGGUGAAGUCUGGAGAAUCGGACACGGGGCCAGAGUCAACAUCGCAAGAGCCGUCGGUCAAUGGGACGGGCUCUGCAGACAACCGGCCGCCGCUUAGCCCGGCCCCCAGCAAUGUAAGCUCGUCGAGUCGGCUCAGUAACAGCAGUCAAAGCUUCCAAAUCGCCAGCGAUCCCAGUUCCUCCGCCAGCACCGGGGUCCGGAACAGCGAGGCCCGAAGUAUCACGCCGUCCAUGGCCGAUAAAACAAUUACAGCCAAGACAGAAGUUUUACGCGCGGGCGUGCUACCGGGGGACACGCUACCGAUCAAAGUCACUAUCAACCAUUGCAAGCAAGUGCGCAGCGCACAUGGCAUCAUUAUCACUCUGUACCGCCAAGGGCGCAUUGAUCUACAUCCGGCGAUUCCCAUGGGGACGUCGGCGGAAGGCAAGAAGCCGGUCUAUGAAGACUAUUAUCCUCGAUCGCGGACGGGUCUGGGGGGUCUCACGAUUGGCACGAGUCGAACCAGUAGCGUCUUCCGGAAGGACCUCACCCAAACCUUUGCACCCUUGGUUGUUGAUCCGUCCAAUUUGACCGCCGUGGUCAAGACGUCAAUCCGCGUUCCAGAAGACGCCUUUCCUACUAUUACCCGAACCCCGGGGAGCAUGAUUAACUUCCGAUAUUAUGUAGAAGUGGUGGUCGACCUUCGGGGCAAGCUGGGCUCCCCCGAUCGGUUCCUGCCGCGGUUCAACUUGGUCUCGUCCGGGAGUAAUUUCUCCCCCAGUGGCCAGAUCUUAAAUCCUGCCGACACAAAGGGGAACGUGAUCACUGCAAAUUGGGCAGGGAACAUCCUGGAUACCGACCAGAUUCGACGCGAGAAAGGCGUCGUGGCUGUGGCUUUUGAGGUGGUGAUCGGAACGAGGGACUCCCACAGGAAAAAGGGCCAAGCGAGGCGCACAUCUUCCACGGCCGCGGCCUCGGACCAUCAGCUAUCGCAGGCACCAGCGGAGGUGGAUGGCUGGCUGACAGAUCAGAGUCCGAUGCCCACCUCCGAAGGAGAGCCAUACCCGACGCAGGAGGAGUACGGAUUCUCCCACGAGUUGCAGUGGAUCGAUUACUCGGACGAAGCACAACAUCAACAGUCGUAUCAGUCGCUGGGCCAGAUGGUCUCCACGCCGCCGUCUGAGGAGCCGAUUGACGAGAAAACUCGUAUACGACGGGCCGAGCAAGUGUUACUACCAAGCCAACCGCCAGGGGAGCCGGGGCCGUCGACCGAGAUCCCAACGGCUCCUGUGUUACCCGAAGACGACCGGCUCCAUGACUACCACCACUUGCCGUCCCCGGCUGCAGAAGCAGUACCACCCGGAUUGAUAUCCGCCGAGUCCGUGCACACCGUGGUACCCGGGAGCAGUGCCAUGGCCGAAGCAGUGGCUGGGACGCCUGCAGACGACAAGCUAGAGUUAGAACGGCAGCGGCUGAUGAUGGAGACCAGCUCCCCAUGCGACGUUGACACAUCUCAUGGGGCAUCGACGGAUGGACCGAGUGCACCGGUGUUCCAUGAAGAGGAUGACCAUCAGCUUGUGGGGGGCAUGGCACAUGGUGAUGAGUCUCUGCCACGCUAUCAGCGAUAG